UCCGGGCCCCCGCAAAGUACUGCCAGCACAAUGGGACCAUGUACCAACACGGAGAGAUCUUCAGUGCUCACGAGCUGCUCCCGUCCCGCCUGCCCAACCAGUGUGUCCUCUGCAGCUGCACCGAAGGCCAGAUCUACUGUGGUCUCAUGACCUGCCCAGAACCAGGCUGCCCCACACCUCUCCCACUGCCUGCAUCCUGCUGCCAGGCCUGCAAAGACGGGUCAAGUGAGAGAUCAGCCGAAGAGGACACCACGCAGUCACAGCCUGGGCUGAGACGUUCCCAGGAUCCGUGUUCAGGGGACAGUGGGAGAAAGAGAGGCCUGGGCACCCCAGCCCCCACUGGCCUCAGCUCUCCUCUGGGCUUCAUCCCUCGCCACUUCCGACCGAAGGGGGCAGGCAGCACGACAGUCAAGAUUGUCCUGAAGGAGAAACAUAAGAAAGCCUGCGUGCACAAUGGGAAGACGUACUCCCAUGGGGAGGUGUGGCACCCAGCUUUCCGCUCCUUUGGACCCCUGCCCUGCAUCUUGUGCACCUGUCAGGACGGCCGCCAGGACUGCCAGCGGGUGACCUGCCCCACUGAGUACCCCUGCCAUCGCCCUGAGAAAGUGGCCGGGAAGUGCUGCAAGAUUUGCCCAGAGGACAAGGCAGACCCUGGCCCCAGUAACAUCAGGGCCACCAGGUGUCCGAAGGUGCCAGGCCGGGUCUUCGUCCACACGUCAGUAGCUCCAAGCCCAGACAACCUACAUCGCUUUGCCCUGGAGCAUGAGGCCUCUGAGCAGGUGGAGGUCUACCUCUGGAAGCUGGUAAAAGGAAUCUUCCACUUGAUUCAGAUCAAGAAAGUCAGGAAGCAAGACUUCCAGAAAGAGGCACAGAACUUCCGGCUCCUCACCGGCACCCAUGAAGGUCACUGGAACGUUUUCCUAGCCCAGACCCCAGAGCUGAAGGUCACAGCCAGUCCAGACAAAGCAACCAAGACCUUAUAACAAAGACCUAAACAGCUGCAGAUACGAGCUUUGUUGUUUUUGUUGUUAUAUAUUAAUAAAUGAUAAGUUGCAUUACCCCUCAA